AGAAUGAACAAGCGGGUUGAAGAGGAGGUUACACAAAACUGUCUGCUUUACAAGCUUCAAUCCCAAAUGGCACCCUAUUUCCCUGUGUAGUGCCCUGUAUAGAGAGUAGAGUGCCAUUUGUGAUACAUCUCAAUAGUCUCCUUCUUAUUGGUGGUUUGAGCCUUGAAACAUCCUGCCACCUGCUGUGGGCCACAGAGAACAGAGAAGGACCAGGCAAAGACACAUCAGACCAACUACUCAACUACUACUCAGUCAGAAAGGUGAUCAUAAGUACGUUAAUACUGUAAGCAAAAGUAAGUUAGAAUCAUAGAUAUUACAAUAAGAGGUCAGACAGACUGAAUUAGUUAAUUCAUUGAUUCAUUUGGAUAAUCAUUGAAAUACGGUGCAGUUAGUUAAGAUGGUCGACUAUGUCAAUAAACAGGUUAUUGAAUUAAACAAGGUUAUUGAAGAAAACGAGAACAGAGCAAUGAGGAGAGUAAAGACUGAGACCCAUCUCUCAGAUGGAAGAACAAGACUCUACAGGCUGGCUGCUGUGUGUUUUGGGAUGCUGUGUAUUCUACAAGUCAUUCUCAACAUCUCCCUAAAGCUAGCUUUCUGUACCAGAGUGGUGGAAGAGAGGGACAUGGCGGUCCCAACGAGGACUGUGUUGGGGUGUACUGAAGGAUGGAGGCUGUCGGGAUCCAGCUGUUACUUCCUGUCUACUGAGAGGAAAACCUGGGAGGAGAGCAGACAAGACUGUCUGGAGAGAGGAGCAGACCUGGUGGUUGUAAACAGUAGAAAUGAACAGAAAUUCCUCACUGAAUUAAACAGGAAUAUUGAUAGUGUUUGGAUCGGUCUGACUGAUAGAGAGACAGAGGGGACCUGGAAAUGGGUGGAUGGUACACCACUGACCACAAGGUACUGGGGGCGAAACCAGCCUGAUAACGGUGCUGUUUUUGUAGUACACAUAGGAGAGGAGGACUGUGUUGAGAUUAAUUAUGGGUAUCCUGACCCUGUAAAUAAAUGGAAUGACAUAGCAUGUAACUCUCAAUUUAACUGGAUUUGUGAAAGGGUGAUAUAACAAUAGCUUAUUAUGUACAGUAGUAUUGCAUGUGGGUCUCUCUCUCUUUCUCUCACUCUCUAUAUGGUUAGGGUUAGGCAUAAGAUUAGCAGUGUGGUUAGGGUUAGGUUUACAAUCAGAUUUGAAGAAGAUACAUUUUAGAAAUAGGCAGGGUUUCUGACUUUGCAAUAUGCCAGAUAGUGACAACCGAGAAAUAGUGGUAUUACAGACUUGCCUAUGGGCUCUUUCUCAACUCACCUUUCCUCAAUUCCUCCUCACAUCCUCUCUCCUCCUCUCCUCAAAACACAUUGGCGAACACAAUCCAAGGGGAGGGACCUUGGGCCUCCUCUUAUAGAGUUGAGGGUGAGGAGAGAAGAUAGGAGGGGAGGAGAUUAAAUUAAAUUUAAAAAAACAUGGAGUAGACGUUGAAUUUAUGUCUGUGCCCAGUGGGACUGUACUCUGUAAAAUGCUUGUAUUAAUUGAUUUUAUUAGGAACGUGUCAUUCCAUAGGCUUAGGCACUGAAAGUAAAAUAAUAAAGGAGCAAUGUCC